AUGUCCUUCGCCAUACUUUCCCUGACGCAGUACGGAGUCAUGCAGAGUCGCGUGUCAUGGCUGACCAGGGUCAAUCUGCACGGUUGGCUAUUAGCCGCCGCCAGUCUGCUCAGCGUGUGCGGCUUCAUCGUCGUGUAUACGGGUAAGACCGCCUUUGGCAAGAACCACUUUACAACCUAUCAUGGCUUGAUCGGUUUCGUCACCGUCUGCUUCACAUUGCUGCAGUUGCCGACCGGACUUCUGCUGAAGUACGCCUAUGCUCUGCAGCUGACCACCUUUGUCCGACUGGUGGACAUGAAGUUCGCCCACUCAUUGUCCGGUUCCCUGCUGUACGUCUUCGGUUGCGUGGCCCUAAUGCUCAGCUUCGUCAGCAACUGGUUCGUUCACCACACCAGCACCCUCACCGUGUACUACUCAUUUGCCAUUGUUGCCAUGAUGGCCACUUUCUUCAUCGGUAACGCCUACUCGAUUAUCAAGGUCCGUCUAUGA